AUGAUUAUUUUUACUCUAUUCACUAUUAUAUAAUCAUAAAUAGCACAAUUAUCAUUAAAUGGAGAUGGUAUUAAACAAUAACUGCUUCUAAUGAUAGAUGAAAAUUAAUUGGAUUGCUAAACUAUACAAUUGCUAAUCUCCAGGGGAUUUGGAUAGCAGAUUCUCAAUUUGAUAACAGAAGAAUAAAUCAUACUUGAAUCCCAUUUGUAAUGUGCAAAACAAUCCAUUUAAAAUGAUUUAUUGCAAUUUGAAUAACUAAAAAAGAGAUUUAAUAAUCAUGAAAAUCAUGUCCUUAUUAAACCAAUAAUCCUAUGGGCAUAAUCAACAGCAAACAUUUUGAUCAAAGUUAAAUUUGCACAUAGGAUUGAUGCUCCUGCUUACAUUAGCGUUAAGAAUCAUCAAAUAAAAUAUCUCAAUGAAAAAUUAUCAAUAUCCGCUGAGUCAGAUUAGAAUAAUAUUUUAACUAAAUUCUAUUUAGAAAUUCCUCUCCUGAAUCCAAUCCGAUAAGCCAUAGAAUGGUAGGUGGAAAGUGUAGGUACUAUGGUUUUGAACAUAACUAAAGUUGAACCCAAAUCGUGGUUGCAUCUGAGUAAAAAUAAAAAUGAUAAAUUCUAAAUUUGGUGGGACCUCAAAGAACAAGUAUUAUUCUGAUUUUAAUAUUAGAUCGGAUAGGAUAUGGAGGACUUUUCUAACUUACUUGACAAUUAAGAAGAGUACCUCAAAAAUAAGAAAAAGCAACAAAAAAAAAUAGAAUCCUAAUACCAGCAGCAAUAAUAGGCAUCCUUCAAUAAGAAAAACCUAUUUGUUUCAUUCUUUUUAAGAUUAAAAUAGUGGUUUAGUAGAUGGUUUUGA